AUGACGUCAUUUCCCUUUGAUAAAUGUCUCCUAUUACCUGAACAAGUAUCUUGGAUUCGAACCAAAGACCUUCACAUUUUAACUUCGGGUCCUGUUACAUUCACAUCAGACGACAGAUUCACUUGCAAUCACGAUCUCGAAUCAUCCGACUGGAGUCUUAAAUUAAAAAAUUCCAAAAUCGAUGAUUCUGGAAUUUACGAAUGCCAAGUAAAUACCGAUCCAAAAAUUAAUCGUAAAAUUAUAUUAAAUGUCGGAAAAUCUUUAACGAAAAUAUUUGGAAAAGAAGAACAAUAUGUUAAAGUAAACAGUACGAUUACAUUUACGUGUUUGGUCAUUGCACCGGAAGAAACAUUAACGUCAAUCGAAUGGUUAAAAAAUGGCCGACAAAUAUCAUUUCAGGCGUCCAGAGGAGGAAUAAUCGUAGAUACGGAAAGAAACGAAAGAAAGGCAACGAGUCGAUUGACUUUAGCUGACGUCAAAAUGAACGACAGUGGAAAUUAUACGUGUAAACCUGGAAAUGCAAAAAGCCAUUCCGUUUCAUUAAUCGUUGUUGAUGGUUUGUUUCGACGAAAUCUGGAUUUCGAUGACAUGAAAAUGGGGUUUGAAAAUGCAGGACAUUAA